AUGAGAGCUGCCCUCAACCAGAGACGCACACAUUUAGAUCAGUUUUCACCACUCGUGACGUCCCGAGAGCUGGCUUCAAGUCGAUCUUCCCGGUCUACGGUAGCCAUCAAAGGUUGGCAAGCAUUUCGACUUCAGAAGUCCAUAACGUUUUCAGCUUCAGGCCCUGUUCAACAAACUAAAAGCGAACGCUCUUGCAAAUAUGCGGCACGUCAUGUGAAGGCUCUCAUCGGCCAUCCUACUACUCCGGACCGCUAUCAGACGGCAUCUUGGCUCGACGUGCUCGAUGUGGUCGAUGCGGUCAGGUCGAUGAGCUCGCCUUUCCACCUGUUCCUCCCCCCAGCUACUGAGCCAGGUGACUGGGUUCUGAGGUCGUUUCGCCCAUCCCAAGACAUGCAAAGAUGCCUAGUGGUAAGAAAGGCACUCGGAGAGAAUGUGCUUUGCGUGGUUGGUCAAGGGAUAUAUGUCCGCGGCAGCUACGACGCCGACACUCUCGGCAGUGACACAAGCGACAACGACGGCUUCGAGGUGGACACAGACUGUGACGACGAUGAUUUCAUGUUCUCUGCCCGCAGGGAACAGUUCUGUGUCACUUUCGACGUGGAGGAUCUGCUUGUAUUUAUGAGCCAGCCGGGCCUGAACCUUUCUGAUGCUGGUGAUGCCUGUGGGGAUUUGAUCUUCGAGCGAUUGAACACAGGUGUCUGCGGGCGCAUCAAUUCUUCUUUUGCAAAAAGGAUAAAGUAG